AUGGUUUUCACUACCCAGUUCCUCACGGCGGCGCUAGCCUUGCUGGCUUCGGGUGUCCGUGGCGAAGUCGGAUGCAUUGCUGGCAUAGACCAGUCCUAUUACAUCUCCCCGUCUGGAGAAUGUUGUACCACUGACUACGCUGUGGCCGGGAUCGACGGUGCAGGUCAGGCAUCUAACAUCCAAUGCGGUGACAAGCUUGGUACUCCUGGAUAUUUCGAGGGCGUGCCAAUGUGCAACGGAGUUUCUGCCUUCGAAUUCCAAUGCUCUAAUGGGAUUCAUGCCAGUCUAGAAGCUUUCCCUCAGUCGGGCAGAUGCGGUGCUGAAAUGGAGGCGCCAGCUUCGGGUGACCGUCCCAACGACGAGGUCGGAUGCUACAGUGGCCGGGUCUACGUCAACGCUGGGGGAUGCUGCAGCACCGACUACGCUGUGGCCGAGCGCGACGAUCAAGGCCGCGUACUGAAGGCUUCAUGCGGCAACACGGCCAGCAUUCUGGCCCCCGACAACCUAGAGCCUGAACAUCUCAAGGGCGUGCCGAAAUGCAACGGAGCCGUCGACAAAAGCUGGUGCCCUGGUGGGAUGCAUGCCACUGAGAAUGCUCUGAUGAGAUCGGACGUGUGCAGCGGCACAGGAUGCUGUCCCCGAUUCAGGGAGGCCCGCGAUCACGACGGCGUUUGCCGGUGGAACCCUCUCAACUUCAGUAACAAGAAGACGUCUAAAGCGUUCUGGGAGGCACGGGACCGUGACGGUUGCACGCGGGAAGGGGAACUCGGCGCCUGCUGUCCCGACCCAAAGCACUUUAGGAACGCCAAAGGAGUGUGCAGCACGAGGAACUCCCGUGGAAGAGAGGUGGAAGAGCGGUUGGUUGCCCAGUGGCGCCGCUCGGAUGGGUGCGAUGAUGAGUAG